CCGCGGAGGCCGUGGGGACGCGAGCAUGGCAGAGGGGCCUGAGGACGCCCGCAGCCACCCCGCGGGGCAGGACGGGGGCGGCGGGGACCGCGAGCCCGUCCCCGCCGGGCGAGGCCCCGCGCCCGCCGCCCCGGCGCCCGAGGAGCCCAGGAAGCCCCGGGAGCCGGGCUCGGGGCCGACGGAGGCGGCGGGCGGCGAGGACCGGCCGGCGCGCCUGAGCGCCCGCGAGUACUCGCGGCAGGUGCACGAGUGGCUGUGGCAGUCGUACUGCGGCUACCUGACCUGGCACAGCGGCCUGGCCGCGCUGCCCGCCUACUGCGGCCCGCCGCCGCCCGCGCCGGCCCCCGCCGCGCCGCCGCCGCCGCCGCUCGGCUACUACAACCCCUUCUACUUCCUGAGCGGCGCCGCGCCCGACCCGGGGGCCGCGGGCCCAGCCUCCUCGGCCGCCCUCGCGGGCCUGGGACCCCGCGCGCCGCAGGCCGCUCGGGCGGCUCCGGUGACCCGCGGAGGAUCUGCGGCCCCUGCGCGGACGGCCGGCGACUCCGGGCGACAGGCGGGCAGAGAGUAUGUUAUUCCAUCCUUGGCCCACAGGUUCAUGGCAGAGAUGGUGGACUUCUUCAUUCUCUUCUUUAUAAAAGCGACCAUCGUCCUGAGCAUCAUGCACCUCAGUGGAAUAAAGGACAUCUCUAAGUUUGCUAUGCAUUACAUAAUAGAAGAAAUAGAUGAAGAUACUUCAAUGGAGGACUUGCAGAAGAUGAUGGUUGUGGCACUUAUAUACAGAUUGUUAGUUUGUUUGUAUGAGAUCAUUUGCAUUUGGGGAGCAGGUGGAGCUACCCCAGGAAAGUUCCUGCUAGGACUUCGAGUUGUAACAUGUGACACAUCAGUACUUAUUGCACCAAGUCGGGUUUUAGUGAUUCCUUCUUCAAAUGUUACCAUUACAACGUCCACCAUACGAGCUUUGAUCAAGAAUUUUUCAAUUGCUUCUUUCUUUCCUGCUUUCAUCACACUGUUGUUUUUCCAACAUAACCGAACAGCCUAUGACAUUGUAGCAGGAACGAUUGUGGUAAAAAGAAAUGGGGUCAGAUGAUGCCCCUCAAAAUCCCUGAAUUCUACUCUCUGGAAUAAUGACAAGACUAAAUUAUGUAUCAAGGCAUACAUACAGUAUCCCUAGGCUACAUUCAUUGAUGAUCUUGAAAUUAAAGCAGUAACUCCAUGUGAUGCAAAUGACUGUUCUCCAAGUAUUGAUAUUACUUGAAUGCCAAAGAACUUCUCCUGAAGAAAAAUCUAUUAAAGUGUUAAAAACUUAUUAGAUCAAAAAGAAAGCAAGUGAAUUCAUACACUUUCUUGAAAUCUCAGAUUAUUAAAAUUUGCUGAAAUUUUAAGCUGAUUCUCAGCCUCAAACCCCCAAAUGAAAUUUAUAUUUUGGCUAUUCCAAAAUGGCAGAAAAUGUCCAGUUGUGUUUUAUAAACACCUAGGUGACUCAUCAUAAUUAUUUGCUUUUUGUGAAUAGUGAGAGCUUCAGUUGGACAGUGUAUUUCCAUCCUAGGUGUUGAUUUAGUGCCAACAGAAAGAGGCCAAUGAGGGUGGCCUCACAGGCCCCUUACCCGAAGGCUCUCCUGGAUAUAAGGGUAGCUCCCUGCUCAUUGAUGUAGCAUUACAACUUCCUAAUGCUCAUGUGUGUGCCCGGAGGCCAGCUUCUCACGAUGAGUGUCAAGGCCUGUCUUUGCUGUCUAGAAGAAAAGGUAGGUUGGUGCUUGCGUUCAGUGCCGUGCUCGGUGUGAAUUUUCACUGUAAGUCUGACUGACAGUCCUGUGCAAGUGCUUUCAGUGCUCUAAAACCAGGUAUGUGUGGGAAAGCCUUCAUUGAACUGUUGUGUACUUACAUAAAACAAGAUUCCUUUGUGGCAGCAUGAAGAAAGUGUUAGUGCUUCUCAGUGUUCUGAAUGAAUACAAAUCCUAUUUAUGUACAGAAAACCCAUAGUAAUUAAUUUUUAUAUAUUAUAGCUCCAGGACUGUUGAAACUUCAUUAUAAAAUCUUAAUAUUUCACAAAUAACUGAAUACUCACAGCCUGUGAAAUAUUAGCAGUUUUCCUUAUUCUGAAUUGUUCUCUCUGAAGAAAGGAGGAAUAUCAUUUCCAGACAUUUUUUGGGCCUGCUAGGAUGAAACCUGGAGGGAAAUGUUAAGAAGAGUAACACUUGUGUUCCUACUUGACUUGAUUUUAUUGACACAGAAUUACGGGGCUUGUAUAUUUAUGUACUUUUGUGUGUCCCAGAACUGUGUGGAGCUUCAUGUGCACUGUAAUAGCUCAAAUUCUAAAGUCAUUUUCUUCAACUUUGGUAUGUUUCCUCUCACCCCUCUCCCCCCCCAAAAAAAAAACACUACACUUUACAGAGUGCUUACAGAAUCAACCAGGGCUGUUCCUGGUUUUAACAGAAGACACAAGACAUAUGUUAUCACUGUGACAACUUGUAAGGGUGGUUACUGAAAAUAUAUUUAAUGUCAACACUUUAAAUGUCCUUAGUACUUGUAAAAUUUUACAAGCCAUGUUUUUCAAACUAAUUUUGCUUACAUUAAAUCCAACUGCACUGAAAGCCUAUUAAGUUGCCAAGAGCACCAAAUAGAUCACUCAGUUAUAGCUGCCUGCGGAGGUUUACUGGCUCCACACAGCAAUUACAGUUAGAAAUUGGGAUGUUGUAUAAACUUAGCAUUUGAUAUAUACACUUUUUCCACAGACUAAAGAAUCCAAGUUGAAAUGCUCUUCACUUAUGUAACUCUGGGAUACCUUUUGACAUGAUUUACCCAAGUUAGUUUUCACUGAUAUUUUCCUUUGUACAGGAAAACAAGUGGCCCAAAUUUGUCAUGGUUAAAAUAUAUGCAAGUCCUUUAAAAUAAUAUCUAGUUCUAACUUUGGGUUCAAGCUACAUGGGCCAAGCCUGUAAGACAGGUGAAGUCCCAAGUUUGUUUCUGAGCUCAGCACUUUAGGGAAAGACAAUUUGAUUCCUAAUAGUUGGGAGGAGGAAAAAAGGAGGAAGGGGAACCUGGCUUCUUAACUGUGGAACAAAUCUUUAUAGAAUACAUCUCUGCUUAAUAUAUUUUCUGUCGAAAUAUAAUUCUCACCCCCACAAGUGAGAACAAACAUUAUUCCCCAUUUUAUCAGGUGAUGAACAAAAACUAAGACUCAAGUCAGUAAGGACAGAACUUCAGUAUGCAUGCCCCUUUAAUUUAGCAUUAGGGCUGCUUUGGGAGAAUACUAAAUCUUGUUGCUGUAUUAUUCGGUUAGAAAGCUGGUGGAUAAUUUAAGCCACCAGAAAAGCUCAGUACCCUCCUCGUGAACAGGCUAGUAUACCUCCAGGAGUCCGACAUCCUAAUGUCCUACAAAGUUGCUGGUCACAAGCCUUUCUUUUAGAGUACUCUUUGACCACAGAAAGCAAGCCCGCUACAUCAGUGUCAUGUAUUGCCCAAUUACUUCUCUGAGGGUUACUUUGCUGAUGUUACAAAUAAGUCUUCACAGUGUCUUAAAUGAGUUUGUCUUAAUUAUUAUUAUUAGCACCACGCUCUAACGAACUGAGCUAACUGGCCAGAUUAUCUCAUACUUUAAAGGACUUGUUCUUUCAAUGCUGUCUUACUUUCACAUAAGUAUUUGUGGCAAAGAGGAAGAGCUGAAAAUUUACACUUGCUACUUGUGAAUGAAACAUUUUCAUUCUACACGUAUCCCUGGUUUCAUUAAGAUUCCUGCAUACACCCUGUUCUAAACUUGUGACAAGUAUUAUUUCAAGUCUUUGCCAUUCUCCAUCCCAUCACCAAAGGCCAGUCAUGCAUGCUUGGGGGUGCAAUUCCUCAUUUCAACCAGUAUGUGCAUAUUUCCUUGAAAUUCAUGUAUCAGGGCUAGACCUACCAAUAGUAUCUAAUGGUCUAUCCAUAAAGAUCAGCAUUCUGUUUUUAAUUUGUAUGUCACCAAUUUGUAUUUUUAUCUCAAUAAAUAGUAAACUGUG